CAAUUUCAAUUUCAAUCAACCAAUAUAAACAUGUUAAAUAUACUGCGUGUCGAAUAUCUGUUUUCAGUUCGGUCCUGAUGCCAUCCGACGGGAGCGAUUGAGGACAGUCCGUAAAGAAAAAAUAUCCAACGAUGAAAAAAAGUUAGAGUGUUUCAAAGAGCAACAAUCGAAGGAAAACGACAUUAAGAAAAAGCUUGAGGAAGCUAAAAAGCUUUCUACUCGCUUUCGAGCGCUUAAAAACACUGGAAAGGGGCACCAAACCCCAAAAGACGAUGAAGUAGAACAAAACCGUAUCGACCUGAAAGAACUUCCAGAUGAGCUAAAAAAACAGUCCGAUGUCGUUGCUAAGAAAUUGGAUGAAAAGAACAGAAUAGAGGAGCGUUUGGAUGAAGAGACAAAGAAGGACGAAGCCCUUUGUAUCUACCUUAGUGCUUCCAUUGAUGACGACCAAUAUCAAAAGCUAGAUUUUGAUAAGGCGCUCACUAGCGUGAUUGGGCCGGAGACAAAAACUACUAGAACGAUCACUGACCUUUGGAAUAUCUUAAAGAGAAGUGGUACAAUAGAGAUCGCCGAUUACGAUUGCCUAAGUAUGUUGCUGAUAUACUUUAGUGAUAUAUUUGAUGACAGCCACAUGAUAGAUGAAAUAAACGAAACAGCAGAUGCCAUUUUGGACGCAUACGACACAAAGGAGAAGCGAAGCUUUUUGGAUUAUCAAAAGAGAAAUAACUGUGUCCUCGGUAGAGGUGGUUUCGGCACAGUUCACUUGUACCAACAAACCAUUACCGAUGAACAGAUCGCGGUCAAGGAAAUAAAAUUCCAACCAAAUGCAACAACCAAGGAAGAUGAAGCCUUUUUGGUUGAGGUGAAAAUAAUGCGGGAGCUCAGUCGAUUCAACCAUCCGAAUAUCAUUCGAUAUUUCUUUGAGCAUAUUGAUGUGGAUUCCGGCAAGUUUUACAUUGGAAUGGAAUAUAUGACCGGGGGAUCUUUGGCGGGGAAGAUAAAAGGAAACCCUCUUCCUAAAGAUAACCUAAGAAACUACACGCAUCAGAUACUCUGUGGCGUUAAGUUCCUCCAUGAGAAGCACAUAGCCCAUCGGGAUAUCAAACCUCACAACAUCCUUCUCGGCUCGAACGACCGUAUUAAAUUGAUGGACUUUGGAAUCGCCAAAGAGCUUAGUACCAGUCUCUUGUCCCAUGGAGCAACAACGGCUGGCGCAGGUACACAUAACUACCUAUCACCGGAAGCAGCGACUGGUUACCGCAUCGACGAAAACACAAAGGGAUAUGGUCUCAAGACUGAUAUAUGGAGCACUGGAUGUGUUGUGUUGGAAAUGACUACGGGAAAACGUCCAUGGAAUGAGUGUGAUCCUAGGGCGGUAAUAUUUCCUAUUGGGAUGGGUAAUACCCCUCCUAUUGCUGACGAUGUUCCUAGUGAUGUGAAAGCUUUCCUCGCCCUGACCUUCAUCGUCGACCCAGCCAAACGUCCCACAGCAGAAGACCUUCUCAAAGAUAAGUUGCUCGCUGGUAUCACUUCAGACGACAGUGGAAAUGUCCGUCUCUCUUAGGCCGACAGUGGAAAAGCAGGUACCUCGUCAGCCGCCAGUGGAAAAACAGGUACCCCUUCAGCCUACAGUGGAAAUGAAGGUAUCUCUUCAGUCGCCAGCGGAAAAGCUGGUUCCUCUAUAAGCCGACAGUGAAACUUAAGUUAUCUCUUCAGCCGACAGUGGAAAUGCUGGUCUUUCUUUAGCCGACAGUUAAAAUGCAAGCAUCUCUUUAGCCGACAGUGGAAGUACUGAUAACUGCUGCCGACAGUGGAAUUGCAGGUAUCUCUUCUGCCGACAGUGGAAAUACAGGUAUCUCUUCAGCCGACAGUGGAAAUACAGGUAUCGCUUCAGCCGACAGUGGAAAUACAGGUAUCUCUUCUGCCGACAGUGGAAAUACAGGUAUCUCUUCUGCCGACAGUGGAAAUACAGGUAUAUCUUCUGCCGACAGUGCAUAACGAGACAAACAAAGAAGGUAAUUUGUUCCAUAUUAUGUUUCAAACAUGCUAAUGGAUGAUAUAAGAUUAGGGCUCGUAAUUCGGAUACAUCAAACGCUAUAUAAGUCGGCUAGUUUCCCCAAAUGAGAGCUCCGCCUCGAGAGGUGCGCGCAGAUCAGAAAGAGGCGAAUUGUAAUGUAAUAACUGUAGCAUAUAGACGCACUGGGUCUAAUGUUUUAACGCAGAUUGUAAACCUGUACAUUUGCUUGCCUCUAUAUUUUUGCGAUCCACGAAAUGAAAAACUAAGAACUUGUUUUUCGGGGACUUUUUGGCAGAAGAGGAGACGAUUUUCUUUCAGUUUUUUCGAUAAAAAUAAAUUUUUGCAAUUUUUAGUUUCACUAAUUAAACGAGAUUACAUCCGAAUUCGCAAAAAUAAAGAGCCAUACCAUAUUGUACAGUUACAGUAUCAUUAUAUGUCAAAGCUGAAUUUGAUUUCUUUUUGUACCCAAGAAACUUAUGUUAUAUUGAAUUUCUAUUCAUACUCAAGUGUAAUACUAUUAUACAUUAUGAGACGUGCUCUGGCAAGUGUAGGGGACUAGAAUAUGGAGAAGGGAGAA